GAAGUCACCAUCCCUGGAGGUAUUUAAAAGACAUGGAGAUGUAGUGCUUAGGGAAGUGGUUUAGUGGCUGACUUGGCAUAAUGAUUCUUUCCAACAUAAAUGAUGCUGUGACUAUAUAAGGGGACAUCCCAUGGUGUUGAAAAUUAAUUAGCAGGUUUAACAGUCCACAGCUUGUUUUUUUAAAAAUAAAAAGUACAUAUGUGGGGCAGAAAAGGUGUCCAACAACAGUGCAGCAAACACUUCUCAGUCAUGGCCCUCGCACAGGACGGGUCUGACAACUGUUUUCCAUCACAUUUAUUACUAUGGGCAUGUAGGUAACUAACCAGAGGGUGACAGCCUGAAAUGCAAGGGUUAAGAGAAAGGACAUGAAAUAGUUUAACCUUACUAAAAGCCAAAUAAAUUAAUAAUGAAUUUUUUUCUUAGCCAGAACCCUAUAGGACAUCACUCUCUCUCUGGCUGAAUUUUCUUAUGCGAUCAAACAUUCUCCUUGCUCUAAACCCUUUGCUGCCAAUUUAAAAUAGUACAACACUGAGAUUUCUCACCCUUCAAGAAAACACUUUGAUUUGUUGAAGGAAGUUAGGAACAGUUAAGGAGAUGGGAAAGAAAGUAAUAUACCUUUCUCUGUGCUGACAUCUGCAACUGGGGGAUGUGUUGAAAAGUAAAUAUAAUCUGCUUUGAGCAAUGCUCUCCCAUUCUCUUUCAUUCUGGUUCAGUGCUCUGGUUCCCAGUGAACUAGACUUAGCAUUGGAAAGUGAGGUGCAGAAAGGCUGUAGGGCUCAGUGAAGAAGUGGGUGGUCAUUUCCUCAUGCUGGGGCUGUGGGGUUAAUGUUGUUGUGCGUUUCCAAAUUUUUCAAGAGAGCAUUGGGAUGAGAAGUGACAGGAUCACUGUCUGUCUGUCUGUCUGUCCAGUGCCAGAGACGCCAGGUCAGGACCCUUGCCAGCCCCUCUCUCACCUUGUAGCCAAGGCCAACUGUAGCUGUUGCCACUUCUUAGCAGCUUCAAGUAAAACAGUGGAUGGGCACAACGUGGCCCUGAGCAGCCUGUGCCGAGGAGUUGUGCAGGAGCAGUCCCCUGGACAUGGCAGCCAGGCUGCCUGGCUCAGCCAUCCUCUUCCCUGGAGUAUCACGCUCCUGCUUCUCCCUAGAGGAAUAUGAGAUCAGUUUCAACCUGGCAGAGGAUGUGUUUUCUGAAAUCUUUUAAUCUCUAAAAGAGGAGGAAUAGUUUCUGGGACAGUGCUGCACAGUGAAAAUGUGCCUAAAACUAUGACAUUUUUCCCUUUUUUUGUUCUUUUUUAAAGACACCUAAUUUGUUUUUUGAUCUUAUUUACUCCUUAUAUUGCUGUUAUUUUCCCUUUGCUUGUUUUUAUGCUUCUUAAUAUUUUCAAAAGCAGCUGGUAAUAUCAAGAAGGCAUUGCAAAGGGGGGUUUGGUCUAUUCCUGUAGUUUAUAGAAAUUUUCCUGGAGGAAGCUAAGGCUGGAGAGCCACAGCAUGGUGCAGCCUUGGAUUGACUGUCUGGGACAGCUUCUGCUCACAGAUCCCUGAAAAUUGUGCAGCAUGGAUGAGGACCUUGUGCAAGUGGUUGUCACCCUAAGGAGGUGGAGUAGGUGACUCCUGGCAGGGGCCUUCUACUCUGUGUUUGCCAGUGGAGCUCAGGGGCUGCCAGCAGCAGCUGCUGUGGGGUGGAAAUACCCCUCUCUCUUUAAGCUUUGUUCAAAAGGCUGGAGAAGGACAGCUGAGUGUUGAGUGGGACAGGGAUAAGACCUCUGGGGAUGGAGUGCUGUAGGAGAUAGCCCGUGGUCUGUCCAAGCAUCACCAUCAGCACAGUGUCUGUGCACUUCCUCAGAGACCUCAGAGCACUCUGCAGGUUUUUAGUGGCUUUUUCACUGCAGAUUUAGGGGUUUGAUGUAACCUUUCAGUUGUAGGGAUGGAGGCAGGGACGAGUUAAUUUUAAUAGCCUUAUGAAAAGGUGUUGAAGGCAAGGAUGCUCAUGAGCACGUUAGUCCGAGGUGGUCUGCCAGGUCUGGUGAAUGUUUAACCAGGACUGUACCAGCAGCCAGGAGCUGUUGGGGCUCUUGGGAUCUGUUGGGAUAACUGCGAUUUUCAGUCUGUGGAGAACAGACGACUUUGAAGAACAUUUGUAUCUGCUAAUCAUGCUGUAAUAACAGUCUGCAGUUGAGAGGCUGCAAACCCCCCAUUUCCAACACAGCUGUGCAUAUUUAAUUCCAUAGAAGGCAUUGCUAGUCUGCUGUUAGAAGUAAUUCAGAUCGCUAAGGUGGUAAUUUUGAUCAUGAUGUUUUUUAGGGAAAUAUAGGUGUAAGCUACACUGAAAAGUUAAUAAAUGCCCAGUAUAAUACAAACACCAGGGAGUGAGGAGCAGGGACAUGAUGGGUGGCUGCCAGUGCCCCACCCUGCAUCCUGGGCUUGCUGUAUUCCUGCCUCGCUGAGCCAGAAGCAAAGGAAAGAAACAUCCUGGGCACAUUAGCUUAGUGAAGGAAUUUUUUCCUGACCUAUUGGCCUGUACCACCAAGGUGGGGCAUUGGAGAAGUCAGGGCAUUUGAUGGAUCAGCAGGGCUGUGGGGAGAGCACCAAAGCUGGUGGAGCUGUGGAGAGUUGGCACAACCUGCUCCAUGGGGAUGCUUUUGGCUGAUGCCAGGAUUUAAACCACCAAACCAGCAUCCCCAGGAAAAGAAGUCUAGAGGAGUGUGGGGUUUGUUUUCCUUUAUCUCAAGCACAGCUUGGGAAAGCAUGUGCUUUCAGGGCUCCCAAUUCAGUUUCUCUCUGUAAAAUACGCUUUUGCAAAAUUGAUAAUUUCUGUAGGUUUAGAGAGUCUCAAAGGAACUUUUCUGUCAAGCAUCUAAAAAGUACCAUUAUUUCUCUUCCUGUUGUAACAGCAGCUCGAGAUUUACCUUUUAGUUCUCUGAAGAUAUCUUGACAAUCUCUCUUUUUUGUAAAAAACUCCAUGGUGAACAAAGCAAAAUAAUCCCAUUUUCAGGUGGUUUGUGCUGUAGUUUGGGUUGCAGAAACCAUAUGGAGUGCUGGUGUUUAUAAAAGUAUGUAAAAGCCUUUUUGUUUAUUUUGUUUUGUUUUGCCAUGAGAUUUUUUUUUUUUUGAAAGAAUCUGGAAUGAUGAAGCAGCUGGUGGCUGAGUCUCCUGCUCAGUGUGCAGAGAAUGAAGAUUGGCUGGGAUGGCUGAAGUUAUUCACUGCAUGCUGUGGGCCAUGUAAACACACAAACAGGCAAUUCCUGUCAGCCAGGAGAUGUGUGGUAACUCAAAGCACCAUUAACUGUUCUGUGCAUGUGCUCACCAUGCCACCACAUGGGAGCCAGCAGAUACAGAUCUCCUCAGAUCUUGUCCAUUACUCUGUGGGUGUUGGUGUGGCACAGCUCAUGUGGGUGAAAUGAUGAUGGCUGUAUGAAUGCCUCCAGAGGGAUGGUCUGGUCUGAAUUUGCCUGAUCCCAGCGUUGUGAUGCAUUUCAGGGAAGUGGUGUUUUCAUGGCAAGGAAAGCUGCUUCUCCUGCCUUGUGCUGCCUUGGAAUAAGCAUGUCCCCAUGGGAGGCUGCUCAAGAGCUGCCUGCAGCAGGGAUGCUCAAGACAAACAAACUCAGGCAAGAGUUUUCAAUAGUAAUUACCUACCUGUUGAAAAAACUUGGUGUUUCUAUAUGAAACAUGUUUGUGACUCCUUCAUUUCACUGUUGCUUAACUUCAAGCAUUCAAAAGCAGUAGCAAGUCUCUCAGAACUGUGAAAUAGUUUGAAAGAUCUGAAAUAUGUAUGUGUGUAUAUAUAUACACACACACACAUAUAUUACCAACUUGUUUCUGAGCUGUUACAUUAAAGCCAAAUCAUAUUCUCAUAGCCACGAGGGGCAGAAACUUUUUACAUACUUUCUGAAGAGGAUCGUGCAGUACAAUUACAACAGCAAGGGAUUGGAUGUAAUGACCCUGAAGAUUUCUUCCUGUUUCAUGUUUCCAAGGCAUGUAGAGAAGAUCUUUGCAGAACCUUAACCAGCUGGGUCUUUAGGAGAAGUACCAAAAAAUGUGAGAGUAUCAGAAAUACUGCUCACCAGGAUGUAAGCAAUCAAGUGCUGUGAGUGUCAUGCAGCUGACAGGUCUACUGGUGGAGCUGAUGGUCACAGCCAGGGCAGAAUUUCUUUAAACAAAACAGAGUCAAAUAAUCAGGGAAGUUUGGAGCUGUUGGCAAGAUCUACCAAGUUGGUUGCUCAGCCUGUCAAAAGAAGCCACCAUCUGGGACAGCAGCACCGUGCCAGCAGCUGCCAUGGCCAGCAAAAGAAAGUCCACAACUCCCUGUAUGGUGCGAACUUCUGAAGUCGUGGAGCAGGAAAGCGCUGAGGGCGUAGAGACCCCUAAAGAGAAGGGCACUGGUGCAUCACAGCAGGACUCAAAAAAAAAUUGGCCUUCAGAAAACUCAGUCAAAGACUGCGAAGUGGUGGAGGCGAAGCCCCCAGCUGAAAAUCAGUCUAAGAAGCCCCAGGGUGGUUAUGAGUGUAAGUACUGCCCUUACUCAACACAAAACUUAAAUGAAUUUACAGAGCAUGUUGAUACUCAGCAUCCAAAUGUCAUUCUCAACCCCCUGUAUGUCUGUGCUGAAUGCAACUUCACAACCAAAAAAUAUGAUUCGUUAUCUGACCACAACACAAAAUACCACCCAGGAGAGACUAACUUUAAAUUGAAAUUAAUUAAACGCAAUAAUCAGACUGUUUUAGAGCAGUCUAUUGAGACCACUACUAAUGAUGUCACUGUCACAAGCAGUGGGCUAGAAAAUGCAGAGUGUGACGAUUCACUUCACGGGGGAAUCAGUGCAAAUAAAGUGCCAGUGAUGAAACUGGGAAAGCCUAAAGGGGAAACCAAGAAGGGAUCUAAGAAGCCAGAGGAGGGAGUUACGGAAAACCACGUGGAUGGCACUCUCCCCCGCAUCAUAACUGAAGCCACUGAAGCUAUUGCCUGUAUAAAUGGAGACCUUCUCAAUGAUGUGUUAGCACAUGUUAUGCCCUCUGUACAGCUGCCACCAAAUAUCAACCUUGUCCCCAAGGUCCCGGUCCCUCUGAACAGUACCAAAUACAAUUCUGCACUGGACACUAAUGCAACCAUGAUCAACUCCUUUAAUAAGUUUCCUUACCCAACACAAGCAGAGUUGUCAUGGUUGACAGCAGCAUCAAAACAUCCGGAAGAGCAAAUCCGAAUCUGGUUUGCUACGCAGCGUUUGAAGCAUGGUAUAAGUUGGUCUCCUGAAGAAGUGGAGGAAGCAAGGAAGAAAAUGUUCAAUGGUACUAUCCAGGCAGUUCCCCAGACCAUCACCGUCCUGCCAGCUCCUUUGGCAACUGCAAAAAUGCCACAGCCCAUCAUCCAGACAGCUUUGCCUUGUCAGAUACUGGGCCAGACUGGCCUGGUGUUGACUCCUGUGUCAAAUGGCUCAACUGUUUCCUGUUCACCAAUUACACUUGCUGUUGCCCCAAACCAGGGGCAAAAGAGGACAAUACAGACCUUGUCAAGUGCCCCAGAGGCCAAGCGUCCCCACGUAGUUCAGGUGCCUGAGAUUCCUGCCAAGCUGACUGCUGUUCCCGUGACACCGGCCAGUGAGCGGAAGAAGACCAAGGAGCAAAUAGCAGAGCUGAAGGCCAGUUUCAUGGCAAGCCAGUUCCCUGAUGAUGCAGAAGUCUAUCGACUUAUAGAGGCAACAGGUCUUUCCAGGAGUGAGAUCAAAAAGUGGUUCAGUGACCACAGGUACAGAAGUCAGAGGGGCAUUGUGCAAAUUCCUGGUGAUGCUUUAGGGAAAGAUCAAAUAGCACCUUCUGCUGGUCGACAUGGCCGGUCCUUUCACCCAUACACAGAUUUUACUCCCCAGAGAUUCAAAGAGAAAACUCAAGAGCAGCUUAGGGCACUUGAGGAGAGUUUCUUAAAAUGCUCUUUUCCUACCCAGGGAGAAUUGGACAGGCUUCGAGUGGAAACUAAGCUGAGUAGGAGGGAGAUAGAUUCAUGGUUCUCUGAGCGGAGAAAGAUAAGGGACAGCAUGGAGCAAGCUGUCUUGGACUCAAUGGGAUCAUACAGAAAAACUAAGGAUCAAGGAACUCCCAAUGGUGCAAUAAGUCAGGCAGAACUUCUGAGUAGCUCUCAGCUCCCUGGUGCUUUAUCUGGGUCCUCCACCACACUGAAGAAAACACAAGAGCAAAUUCAUCUAUUGAAAAGCACAUUUGCAAGGACCCAGUGGCCAACGCCGCAGGAGUAUGACCAGUUAGCAUCUCAGACUGGGCUCACAAGGACUGAAAUAGUUCGCUGGUUCAAGGAAAACCGGUCUUCACUAAGAACAGGGUCACUUAAAUGGAUUGACCAGUACCAGCAGCAGUAUGCUGGUGAUGGUCAUAACAAGCAAAGCCAGAAAAAGAGCUCAAAACACGUUGAGAGUCCAAAGAAUGGUAAUGAGGUAUCUCGGCAGCAUUACCAGGAGCAUAAAAAACUGAAUGAAGAGAAUGGGGGGAAACCAGUGGUGAGAGCAAAAAGAGACUGUGAACCACUGAAAGACUCUUUGUUGGGGAACCAAGCAGAGGGUGUGGACAGGCUGGAGUGCAACAGCCACGAUGGCCAGGUCAGUGAGGAGAACGAGGAGGCAGCAGAGGUCAGCUGGGUGGAGGUGACGGUGGGCGAGGAUGACGCUGCCUCGGACUGUAUGGACAGCUGGAGCCACACGGCCCCCGAGGGCCACACGGAGCUGCCAGACUUGGACUCUGAAAGUAUAUCUGGAGACAAUUCCCACGUAUAGACAGGGGUACUCCUCAGCUACACUGUCUUGAUGUUGAAGGGGAAAUGCUGUCUGAAAAUAGAAGAAAACUCUCUUUU